AUGUCGAUGGCCAGGACAUGCUCGAAAUGCGGAAACAAGGGUCACAAUUCAAGGACUUGCUGGAGCACCACGCAGUACUACUGGACGCAGCAGCUGGAUAAGCCAAAAGAAAGAAGAUCUGGUAAUAGCAGUCUCAGGCUCUUUGGGGUUCAGCUUGAUCAUCAUGACCUUUCUUCAUCAUCAUCAUCAUCCUCAGUUUCUGUAAUUUCAAGGAACGUGAUCAAGAGAAAACGUCGGAUCAUGGACUACUGCAACAGCUGGUCAUCAUCUUCUCCACACUUGACCAGCUGCUUAUCAGGAUAUCGAGCUAAUAUAGGUAUAAAUAGGCACGAUCAGAUCUCUCGUAUCAAUAAUGGUGGCAUUCAAGAAACAAAUUAUAACAAGGGAGUGGGAUGGAGUGAGGAGGAGCACCGGAAGUUUCUUGAGGGUAUUGAAACGCUGGGUAAGGGUGACUGGAGGGGUAUCUCUAAACACUAUGUCACCACAAGAUCCCCAACCCAGGUCGCCAGUCAUGCCCAAAAAUAUUUUCUCAGACUUCAAAUUAGUACCACCGCCGACACUGCAACCAUCAACAACCUCGACUUCAACUUCGACCCCCACAAGAAAAGAUGCCGAGUAAGUAAAGAUCAACUUGUCUCACCUCGUCAACUGAUUGAUAUUAACACUGAUAAUCCCAAUACUGAAGCAUCUGUUAACAAUCCAUACGAGUGCUGGCCAGCCGUUCAUUAUUCGACGCCUCUCCGAAUUGAUGUUAAUUUGAAUAACUCAUCAUCUCAGAGUGCAGCAACAGCAGCAGCAGCAGGAGGAGGACUUGACUUAGAACUUAAGCUUGCAGUGAGCAUAAUGCCGUUGGGGUUAGAUCAAUGA